GCCGCUUUACGUAAGGCGCAGGCCAGGGCCGCCCGGCGCUCGGCAGCCGCUCGGAGCCCUCGGAGUGAGGAGGCGCCCCCGCCGACCGCCGCGCCGCCCGCCCGCUCGGCAGUGAGUGUCAUCAGGACAAGAAAGCAGCCUGUUCAGCAGGAGAUGUAAUGUAGCCUCUCCGUGGAAUCAGCCCGGCAAUAGGAAGAAGCCCACGUUUAGAAGAUUGGACACAGUCAAUGCAGGUUCUGCUGAAAACUUACAUUAGGCCUCAAUGUGAAACUAAAGUAGAAAAUCACAUCUACAUGUGUGUUGCUAUCAGGAUGCUGAGUCAUUGGUCAUGCCUAAAGAUGGAGAUUCAGUUCUAGAUGGCUGACUGCUAGCAAAAAUAAAUGCUCAUCCUAGAUGUUCAGCAUCUCUCCUUUUUACUGGAGUGAAAAUCCCCUCCAGAUACCAACAGAACAUCAACUGCAGAAAAUGCUCCCGCUUUUAAGGAUGUCAGCAACCUAAGUUCAUGCGCCCUGUCUGUACUGUUGUCGUGGGUGGUUUACCAUCUGGAAGCUCCUCAGGCUCUUCUCCAGGCCCUGUACCUGCUUCUGAAAUGUCUCUGCUUCAUGCUUUGGGUCCAGUGCAGACCUGGCUAGGACAAGAGCUAGAGAAAUGUGGCAUUGAUGCCAUGAUCUACACUCGCUAUGUCCUCAGUCUUCUGCUGCAUGACAGCUAUGACUACGACCUGCAGGAACAGGAGAAUGACAUCUUCCUGGGCUGGGAAAAAGGAGCUUAUAAGAAAUGGGGAAAGAGUAAGAAAAAGUGCUCAGACCUAACUCUAGAAGAGAUGAAAAAGCAGGCUGCUGUCCAGUGUCUUCGAUCUGCUUCUGAUGAAAGCUCUGGUAUCGAGACUUUAGUGGAGGAGCUCUGCUCCAGGCUGAAAGACCUUCAGAGUAAGCAAGAAGAGAAGAUUCACAAAAAAUUAGAGGGGUCUCCCUCUCCAGAGGCAGAAUUAUCCCCUACAGCAAAGGAUCAAGUGGAAAUGUACUAUGAAGCAUUCCCACCACUUUCUGAGAAACCAGUUUGCCUGCAAGAAAUCAUGACUGUGUGGAACAAGUCUAAAGUCUGUUCUUACUCUAGCUCUUCUUCGUCAUCCACAGCCCCGCCAGCUAGCACAGACACGUCCUCCCCCAAGGACUGCAACAGCGAAGGUGAGGCCGCCAAGGAGAGACGCAGUGAUGUGCCCACCACCGUGCACGAGAAAGCCCAGAGCAAAAGUCACAGCGAGAAGGAGGCCACGUUUAGGGAUGGCACAGGUGCAGAGAAGCCUGCUCUGUACAGAAAGCAGACUCGACACAAGCCCGAAGGGAAGGGCCGCCCUCGCUCCUGGUCUUCCGGCUCCAGCGAGGCAGGCUCGAGCUCCAGUGGUAACCAGGGAGAGCCGAAGGCAUCCGUGAAGUGCGUGAAAGUGAGGCACAAGACACGGGAAAUUCGAAACAGAAAAGGGCGGAACGGGCAGAGCAGGCUCUCACUGAAGCAUGGCGAGAAGGCGGAGAGGAGCCUGCAGGCCGGGGGCGGCAGCAGCAGCAGCAGCGGGUCCGUCAAGCAGCUGUGCAGGCGGGGUAGGAGGCCGCUGAAGGAGCCGGGGCGAAGAGACACUGGGAGCACUGAGGGGAGGGACCUGUGUGCAGAAAGCAGGAACGACAGAGAGUACAAGGAGGAGCCGCUGUGGUACACCGAGCCGAUUGCGGAGUAUUUUGUUCCUUUGAGCAGAAAAAGUAAACUAGAGACCACAUACCGAAACAGACAAGACACAAGUGAUCUGACAUCUGAGGCAGUAGAUGAAUUGUCUGAAUCAGUGCACGGUCUGUGUAUCAGCAACAAUAAUAUUCAUAAAACAUACCUCGCAGCGGGUACUUUCAUUGAUGGUCAUUUUGUAGAAAUGCCUGCAGUUAUAAAUGAGGACCUUGACCUCACUGGGACCUCAUUCUGUUCUCUACCAGAGGACAACAGAUACUUGGAUGAUAUUCAUCUGUCAGAAUUAACGCACUUCUAUGAAGUGGAUAUUGACCAAUCCAUGUUGGAUCCUGGUGCCUCAGAAACAAUGCAAGGAGAAAGUCGGAUUUUGAAUAUGAUUCGACAGAAAAGCAAAGAGAAAACAGAUUUUGAGGCAGAAUGUUGCAUAGUGUUAGAUGGAAUGGAGUUGCAAGGGGAACGUGCAAUAUGGACAGAUUCCACCAGCUCUGUGGGCGCCGAGGGCUUCUUCCUACAAGACCUUGGCAAUCUGGCUCAGUUUUGGGAGUGCUGUUCGUCCAGCUCUGGCGAUGCCGAUGGAGAGAGCUUUGGAGGAGACUCUCCUAUUAGACUCUCCCCGAUCUUAGACAGCACGGCGCUCAGUCCACAUUUGCUUGCUGGCAAUCAAGAGCUCUUUUCAGAUAUUAAUGAAGGAUCUGGCAUAAACUCUUGUUUUUCAGUGUUUGAAGUGCAAUGCAGUAAUUCUGUUUUACCAUUUUCUUUUGAAACACUCAAUUUGGGAAAUGAAAAUACAGAUUCUAGUGCUAAUAUGCUUGGGAAAACACAGUCUAGAUUGCUAAUAUGGACCAAAAAUAGUGCCUUUGAAGAAAAUGAACACUGUUCUAAUCUUUCAACGAGAACUUGUAGUCCAUGGUCCCAUUCAGAAGAAACACGUUCAGACAAUGAGACAUUAAAUAUUCAGUUUGAAGAAUCCACACAGUUUAAUGCAGAUGAUAUUAAUUAUGUAGUUCCUAGAGUCUCGUCAAAUUAUGUAGAUGAAGAACUUCUAGAUUUUUUGCAAGAUGAAACUUGCCAGCAAAACAGAACUUUAGGAGAAAUUCCAACGUUGGUUUUCAAAAAAAAAUCUAAACUAGAAUCUGUCUGUGGUAUUCAGCUGGAACAAAAACCAGAAAACAAAACCUUUGAAACUACACAUGUUUGUAGUGAAAGCAGUCCUCAUGGAGAUGGCUACAGCUCAGGGGUAAUUAAAGACAUUUGGACAAAGAUGGCAGACAGAAACUCUGUAGCUACGGUAGAAACAGAGAGAAUUGAUGACGAGUUGUUUUCGACAGAUGUAAAUAACUACUGCUGCUGUUUGGACGCCGAAGCUGAAGUGGAGCCACUCCAGGAGCCCAGUAAGGCCGUGCAGAGAUCAGAGUACCACCUGUGGGAGGGGCAGAAGGAGAACCUGGAGAAGGGGGCUUUUGUUUCUGGUGAGCUGUCAAAGGUGGACGGCGGUGAUUAUACCACCCCCUCUAAACCUUGGGAUGUGGCCCAGGAUAAAGAGAACUCCUUCAUUCUCGGAGGAGUUUAUGGAGAGCUCAAAUCCUUUAACAGCGAUGGGGAGUGGGCAGUUGUGCCGCCCGGCCACACGAAAGGAAGUUUGUUACAGUGUGCAGCUUCCGACGUGGUGACAAUAGCUGGUACAGAUGUCUUUAUGACCCCAGGGAACAGCUUUGCUCCUGGCCACAGGCAGUUAUGGAAGCCCUUCAUGUCAUUUGAACAGAAUGAUCAGCCGAAGACUGGGGAAAAUGGGUUGAAUAAGGGAUUUUCUUUUAUCUUCCAUGAAGACUUACUAGGAGCUUGUGGUAACUUUCAAGUUGAAGAUCCUGGACUUGAAUAUUCAUUCUCUUCCUUUGACUUAAGCAAUCCAUUUUCACAAGUUCUUCAUGUAGAAUGUUCAUUUGAACCUGAAGGGAUUGCAUCUUUCAGCCCUAGUUUUAAACCGAAAUCAAUCCUCUGCUCUGAUUCAGACAGUGAAGUGUUCCACCCCAGGAUAUGUGGCGUUGACAGAACACAGUACAGGGCCAUCCGCAUCUCUCCUAGGACUCACUUUCGCCCAAUUUCUGCAUCUGAACUGUCCCCAGGAGGAGGAAGCGAGUCAGAAUUUGAAUCUGAAAAAGAUGAAGCAGCCAUUCCCAUUCCUUCUCAAGUUGAUGCAUUUGAAGAUCCACAGGCAGAUCUCAAACCACUGGAAGAAGAUGCAGAGAAAGAAGGCCAUUACUAUGGAAAAUUAGAGCUUGAGUCUGGAAAAUUCCUUCCCAGGUUAAAAAAGUCCGGAAUGGAAAAGAGUGCUCAGACAUCACUGGAUUCCCAGGAGGAAUCAGCUGGGAUUCUGCCAGGAGGAAAGCAGAAUCCGUGUUUGGAGUGUAGCAUGAAUGACGCUCUGGAAAUCGAUCUAGAAAGCUCAGAAGCAAAUUGUAAAAUAAUGGCACAAUGUGAGGAAGAAAUUAAUAAUUUUUGCAGUUGCAAAGCAGGUUGUCAGUUGCCUGCUUAUGAAGAUAACCCAGUUUCUUCAGGACAGCUGCACGAGAUGGGGAAGAAAGAAAAAGAGGAAAGAAGCGAGAUUCUGCAUCAUACCACUGCCGUAGUCCUUCGCUUUCUAUUGCCUGUAUUGAACACUGAUGUACAAGGAAUGAAUACAAGUCAAGAAAAACAGACCUGGUGGGAAAAAGCCUUGUACUCUCCUCUUUUUCCUGCGUCAGAGUGUGAAGAAUGUUAUACAAAUGCCAAGGGAGAGAAUGGUAUAGAAGAAUAUCCAGAUGUUAAAGAAAUACCCAGUAAUGAAGAGCGUCUGUUAGAUUUUAAUAGGGUGUCUUCUGUUUAUGAAGCAAGGUGUACAGGAGAGAGAAAUUCUGGAGCAAAAUCAAACGGCUUCCGCAGAAAGAUGUACUCCAGCGCCAGCUCCAACUCGGAGGACACGGGCUCGGAAGGCGGAGGCGAGUGGGUGGACCCCAGCGAAGAGGACCUCUUUUCUCGAACUCAUCUCUAAACCUGCAGAGUAGUACAAAUUAUUUUUAAAAUCGCUAUGUGAGGGGUAAUUUCCCUUUUGUGAGGCCUGUUAAUCUAAACAACAACUUAGGUUUCUUCUUCACUUAACUGGCUCAGAUCAGUAAUUAGCUUUCUCUUCUUGCUUCUUUUAGAGUUGAGGACAGCUAUCCUGUUGAAGAUUUUUUUUCCAAGCUGUUAAAUUCUUGGCUAUUUGAAAUAGACUAGAUUGUGUUGUCAAACCAAGAAUGGGUGUGCAUGUGCUCGUCUUAAGUGCCGCUGCCUCUUGCAUCUCAGCUGCAGCUUCUUCCCUUCCAGCUGCAGCCACAUCACUGUUACCUUCUUAGCAUCGCAGUGUCAGCAACCACUUCUGCUAUUCAGAGACUUGAGCUUUGGGACAUUUAGGCUUUGUCCUCUAAGAACUGGGAUGUGAAUACUUACCCUGCAGUGGAUCAGUGCCUUUCGGAAGGCGAAAGGGCAGCACGGGGACUCAUCCCCGUCUUCAUUCAGUAAAAUCUCCUGUACAUUUGGAAUAGAAACCACGAGGGUGUGCUUUUAGAGACUUACAAAAUACUGUGUUUUCUCUCUUAGGAUUUCCCUCUAGAAUAUCAUGGAAAAUACCAUGGUUUGUGACUUUCUGGCUACCUGAAGCAGCCAAGGAGUUGGCGUAUGGGCUGGCACAUGGGGCCACGUGGGGUGCGAGUGCACCCCACCCUGUUCUUAUGUGAAAGUUACACUUACACCAAAACACUGUUCAGGGUUAUUCGUGGUGAGUCUUAACAAAACUUGGUGAGGACCUUAAUUGCAAAUUAUGGUUUUUCUGGUGACCAACAUUGAAUUGAAGCCCCCAGAACUUGAAAUUGUAAAUGUUUGGCAUGCAAUAAAGGCCACCUCAUCACCCCAAAGAAACCUUGGCUGCGACAGCUAGCUGCUCUUGUGGCUGUGACUUAGUGUAGCUUAGAUCUCAUUCUGUGUUUGAGAGAAUGUUCGAGCAAGUUCAGUGUGUGGUGGGUCAGGGGGCAGAGUACUGAUUUCUCCCAUACCUGUGUGACUGCUUCAUGGGACCCGCCUCCCCGCUGCACUGGGGAAUCCCGGGGGUCGGUCCGUCUCGUCCAGUCCUGUCCAUUGUGACGAUCACCUCCUUGAGCUUUUACACCUCUGUGCAACAGGUUGGAGUUAGAAGGAGCAAUAGUUGCAAAACCUAAACAUUCAAAGUUGUUUUCUUUUUUUAACCAACUCAUUGUUUAAAAAAAAAAUGUGUGGAAUCAGUUUAGCGUGUCUGCGGCAUCAGGAGCGGCAGAGAAGUCUGCCACAGACGAGCCGGCUUCACCGCUAACGUUGGCAGGCAGUAAGCACAGAAUGUAGUAGCCGGGAGCAGAACUGGCUGAGAAGCGCGAUUUGCUUCAAGCAUUGGGUUUUGUUGCUUUUCUCUUACCUGACAACACAGAGAGCUCCCUCCAGGGCUGUGAGGGCCUCGCUGUGGGGCCCGUGGGGCCGUUGGGCUCGGGCACGCCGCAGGUCGGGUGGUUUUUUUUUACAGCACGUCUUUGACACUUUAAAGUGGGUUUGUGUGUGUGCGUGUGUAAGGUUUUAUGUUGCUGUUAUUUAUUUACAGACUUUAUAAGGUUUUAUGUAUUUUUCUUUCUCCAGAGCUUCCUAAAAAUUGAUUAGCAUCUGCACUGAAAUAUAAUUUAACAGCAAAGGCAAAAAAGAGUUGGAAGUUGUAAAUUCCUAAAAUCACUACGGUGACGAUCAUUUUAGAAAUCGUUACUUAUGUAGCAGAGACCAAAUACAUAUAUUUCAGACACAACCUUGAGCUCGGUUGGUUUUGGACAGCUGCUUUUUAUCAGGAAAGGGCUCCAGGUGGUCAGGGUGCAGACUUCCUUCCCCGCUGGUGGGAAGACCUUGCACCUUCCACGGGGGAAUGGGAAUGGAGUAUAAAUGGGCAAGGUGGGUAACAGAUUAUGUAUUUAUUUGUUUUCGUAGCUGAGUGGCUGAAGCCCAGAGGCUUUCAGCGACAGAGGUGAACGUGCGGUUUUUAGUUUUGUUAAUGGAUGAUUACAAAGAAAAGCAUUUUUGAAAAAGUUGGCAAAACGCUGAAACGCACUGUGGUAUGAAGCGCAUUGCAUAUCCGUAGCACUGAAGCAUCAGUUUUCCAUUCCUGGGCUGAGAUUUUUUUCCCCGUGGUUGUAUUGUUCUGAUUUCACGUACACCAGAGUAACUGAUUUUUUUUGUUUUCUUGUGGAGUUAACACCAAAUAAAAAUUUAAAAAGCAA